UUUAAAUGAACGAUUCGUCCUGGAAUUGUACAUCGCAAGCUGGACGCGGAUCUUGUUCUCAUAAAUUGAACUGCAGGAUGAUGAUGAUGAUGUGAAAUCCGAUUCACCGAUCAUUACCGGACCCGACAGACUGCAUAUCAGGGAAUAAGACUUUCAUCCUGCCAGAAUAUGACGGAGCUUCAUCGCAGAUCGUCAGCCGGUACCGACGGCUCUCCGCCCGGGAUCAGCCGCUCCAGCGCCGCGGGUGGAGGUGGAGGAAAGGGCGGAUUAUCGCAGCCGGCUGGAUGUCAGUCUCUGCUGUCUUUCACCAUCCUUCUCCUGGCGUGUGUGUGUGGAUUCAGCUCCAGACUCUUCGCCGUGAUCCGCUUCGAGAGCCUCAUCCAUGAGUUUGAUCCGUGGUUUAAUUACAGAUCGACUCAUCAUCUGAGCACCAACGGUUUCUAUGAGUUCCUGAACUGGUUUGAUGAGAGAGCUUGGUACCCUCUGGGACGAAUCGUUGGAGGAACGGUCUAUCCUGGUCUGAUGGUGACCGCAGGUCUAAUUCACUACAUUUUGAACCUCGUCCACCUGACCGUCCACAUCCGGGACGUCUGCGUGUUCCUGGCGCCCGUCUUCAGCGGUCUGACGGUGAUCUCCACCUUCCUGCUGACGCGUGAGCUGUGGAGUCAUGCGGCGGGGCUUCUGUCCGCCUGUUUCAUGGCCGUAGUGCCCGGGUACAUCUCACGCUCGGUGGCCGGGUCCUUCGAUAACGAGGCCGUGGCCAUAUUCGCCCUGCAGUUCACCUACUUCCUGUGGGUGAAGGCCAUCAAAAGUGGAUCAGUGUUCUGGACCGUCGGAUGUUGCCUCUCAUAUUUCUACAUGGUGUCGGCGUGGGGCGGUUACGUCUUCAUCAUCAAUCUGAUUCCUCUUCACGUGUUCGUGCUGUUGUUGAUGCGCCGUUUCAGUAAGAGAGUUUACAUCGCAUACAGCACGUUCUACGUCAUUGGUCUGAUUCUGUCUAUGCAGAUUCCUUUUGUUGGGUUUCAGCCAAUCAGAACCAGUGAACACAUGUCAGCGGCUGGUGUGUUUGUGCUCGUGCAGCUCUACUCUUUCCUGCAGUAUCUGCGAGAGCGACUGACGCGUCAGGAGAGACAGACUUUGUUUUCUGUGGCUGUUUGUGCCGCUGCGCUGCUGCUGUUUGUGUGUGUCGUCUACCUCGGCUGCAUAGGUUGGAUCGCUCCGUGGAGUGGACGCUUUUAUUCACUCUGGGACACGGGCUACGCCAAGGUUCAUAUUCCCAUCAUCGCGUCGGUAUCGGAGCAUCAGCCCACCACCUGGGUUUCUUUCUUCUUUGAUCUUCACGUCCUGGUGUGUACCUUCCCAGCAGGCCUCUGGUUCUGCAUCAGAAACAUCAGCGACGAGCGUGUGUUCGUGGUGCUGUAUGCCGUCAGCGCGGUGUAUUUCGCCGGUGUGAUGGUCCGUCUCAUGCUGACUCUGACGCCGGUGGUGUGCGUGCUGUCGGCCGUGGCUUUCUCCAGCGUGUUUGAGCGCUAUCUGAGCGACGAUCCUCCGGCUGAGGACGACAGGAGGAACUCUGGGAGUCUGUAUGAGAAGGCUGGUAAGGUGCGGAAGCAGGUCGUGUGUGAAGAGGGUUUGGGUUCAAACAUCAAGAGUCUGGUCAGCGUUCUGCUGCUGCUGCUGCUGCUCAUGUUCACUGUUCACUGCACGUGGGUCACCAGUAAUGCCUACUCCAGUCCCAGUGUCGUGCUGGCCUCGUACAACCACGACGGCUCGCGCAACAUCCUGGAUGAUUUCAGAGAGGCGUACUAUUGGCUGCGGCUCAACACCGGUCAACACGCACGCAUCAUGAGCUGGUGGGAUUAUGGGUAUCAGAUCGCAGGCAUGGCCAACAGAACCACGCUAGUGGACAACAACACCUGGAACAACAGCCACAUCGCCCUGGUGGGGAAAGCCAUGGCGUCCAAUGAGAGUGUGGCGUAUGACAUCAUGAGGCUGCUGGAUGUAGACUAUGUGCUGAUUGUCUUCGGAGGGGUGAUCGGAUACGCCGGGGACGACAUCAACAAGUUCCUGUGGAUGGUGAGGAUCGCCGAGGGAGAACAUCCUCGAGACGUGCGGGAGAGCGAUUUCUUCUCGCCGCAGGGAGAGUUCAGGGUGGAUAAAGCCGCGUCUCCAGCGCUGCUCGACUGUCUGAUGUAUAAGAUGUCCUACUAUCGCUUCGGAGAAAUGCAGCUGGACUUCAGAACUCCUCCAGGAUUUGACCGAACUCGCAAUGCUGAGAUCGGAAACAAGGACGUCAGGCUGAAGCACCUGGAGGAAGCAUUCAGCUCCGAGCACUGGCUUGUCCGGAUAUAUAGAGUCAAAGAUCCGGAGAACCGGCCGCGGCUGGAGCGCAAACCUCGAGUGACCAGCGCCGCUAACAAGCACAAACACAAACGGAAGGCGACCAGGAGGAGACGUGGAUUCAUCAAAAACAAGCUUGUUCUGAAGAAAGGCAGAAGAUUAAACCGGAAACAGAAGCGAACUGGACUAGACUGAGCUAAACCGGAUCACUAGUGUCUGGAGCUGCUGCAGUGGCUGGUUAUUAUUUUUCAUACUUGAAUAUGUGUUUGAUACGAAAGGGAACAGAUUGUUUUUAUAUGACAAAAUGAGAAUAUGACACUUUUUAGCUGGAGAAUGAAGAUGUUGAACCAAAGAGCUCAUGUUCUCCUCAUAUCAGACAUUUACACUGACUGUUGCUGAGCGGAAAAUUACAGUUACACUCAAAAAUAUAUUUAGGCUUGAAUUUAAGAUCUAUGUGUUUGAAUUGCAUAUAAAAUUUCCGUCUUUUUGGAUUUCACAGUUUUAACAUAAACUGAUUAACUUCAUGUGAUGCAUAAUUGUCAGUCAUACAUUUUUACAUAUUUUUUUAUAUAUUGUUUAUUACAUAUUUUCAAAAGGCAUUUAUUCAAAUUGCUUAGAAUCCACAUAAAUCUGUUAAUUGUGAAUAUUGUUUCAUUUAUGCAUGACAAAUAUGCAUCACAUUAAAUGUAUUAAUAUUUUGUAAAAGUUAUUUUGAAAGUGUUUUUAUAUUUUAAUGUUUCUUUGUUAAUUUAGUUGGAAUAUGAAUCAAAGAUGAAAUCAUUUUCAGGACUUUUUCUCAUGACUUUGAAUGGAUUUUCUCUGUGAUAGAUGGACAACAUUAAUGUUUUUACAUGUAAUUCAUAACUCAGAUUUUAUAGUGCAGUUUAAUAUGCAAAAAUCAAUGAAAAUCUGCAACUGAACAGUGUCUCUGACUGCUGAUAUCACAUUGUCUCUGAUGAGGAUCAAUUGUUAGACUUCAACUCAUGAUUCUCCGUAUUUUUAUAUUAUCUCUCUGAACUGCUGAAGAUUUUCAUAUUUAUUUCUCAGUAAAAGUUCCUUAUUUUUCAUGUUUUUCUUCAGUUGUAGGCUGAUUGUGAUGGAGGUAAAAUACAAAUAUUAAUAAUAAAAAAAAAAAGUUUUUUGUUCAAA